AUGUAUUGCAGCCGAUCGUCAAGCAUUACACGCACGGAUGCUCAAACUUUGGAGGAACUAUGUAGUGCGGUGGAGACUAACAAUUUACCGCGAGCAGAGGCGCUACGAGGCGUGCUGGAGACACCACGAGCAACGCAUGAUUCUCGACCGGCGAACAAACAGGAACCGCGGGAACCACGUAGCUGGACAGAGUGGCCCUCUAACAGAUACAACCUUGGUAACAUCAUGGAGCGCGAUACAAAAAGGGCAUUACAAGAAGCCCUUAAGAACACACCGAUUUUGGAUCUCACUAGAUGA